CAGGGGCUGCUCCUGUCCCUGGCACUGAAGAAAUCACAGCAGAGGUGGCAGUAGGAUAUUUUACACCUUGCAGGAACAGUUCAUUUCUUUUCUCCUGUCCUGCACAGCAGAGCUGAGCCACUCAGAGCCCAGUUUCUUCCUGCUCACACACUUUGUGAGUCAGGGGAAACAUUUCUUGGCAAGCAAAGGCCUUCAGCAGGAGGUCUGUAAAUGGUCAUGAGCAUCAUUUCCAGAGUCUCUUAAAACCUCAAAGCAGUUUUAUUUUUACAGCUAUUAAUUUGUGUAGAAUUAAUUAAUAUCCAUUAGGUACAACUGUAUGUAUGAGACCAUGCACCUAUAGGUUUUUUAACACCACUGUGGUAUAAAAUAUUGUUCAUAUCAUACAAUAUUUUAGCUUUUUUUAAAUUCUUACCAAGUUUGGUUUCUGGCCUUUACACAGACAUCAGGUAGAAAUGUUUGGUUUGGUUUUCAAUUGAGACCAUCUAGCUAAAUACACAAUCUCAUUUAGAUAAUCUACAUUAAUUAUAGAAAAAUAAUGGAAAAUAAUGUAAAAUGUGAUUGCAAACACACAUCCAAUUAUUAAAACAGCGGAUAUGUUUUCCCAGUCUUACCUUUUUAAAAAAAAAAUCCACCUAGAGAGCUGUAUGAGAAUGCCACAGCAACAGGUUUCACUUGAGGAAGUAUGAGACAAGCAAGAAAACAAAUGUACUCCACUAUUGGCAAUAAUUGAAACUAUUUCCUUGCAGUGGAAGACAGUUAUUUCAUUUCUGAGCCUCUCUGCCCCCAGAUCAUGGACACACUUUCAUCAGGGUCACCUUUAACUGAUUUACAAAGUUGCAACAUUACUCAGAGCUUUUCUGCACUUACUGGAAAAGUCAGGAUCAGACAGUGGCUAUCAGAUAUUUAAUGCACUGUACUGUUUAAAAUACAAUUUAAACCUUUUAUUCCAUGUCAUGCCACCUCUUAUGUACCUUCCAGUGAAAUCUUCCAACUACCCAUCCAUUUAGUCUGGACCUAUGAAAUUCUGACAGUUUCAGAACACUUCUGCAAACAGUAUUCUCUUGAAGGAUGUAGACAACCUACUGUAAAAUGCAGGACACCUUUACAGGUAGACUUGAAAUGUACCUGUCAUUCCCAACAGCAUGGAACUCUGACAGAAUUAUAGGCAGGAAAUGCAAGAAAUACAUCUUGGGAUGUGUCAGUACAUGUAUAAUCUUACUUUCUAGUAUUCUAGCAGUACUUUUCUACAUAAGAACUGAUUUGGGCUGUUGGGAAUUUUUUGUUUGUUUGUUUUAAAUGCCAUAAAAACAAUCAAAGCAAAAAAAAAAUCCAUAUUUCAAUUCUGAUGCAUAAAUAUCACCUGGGACUCCAAGGUCCCAUAUUACUGUGGUGGUUUUGAAUAAAUAAUACAUCACACAUAAUGCAUUUGUGAAAAAAAUAGCACUUUCAGAUAAGACUGCUUACAAGAAACAUUUAAACUAUUAUGGCUUUGUCCCAUUUUUGCAUUUUCUGUUUGAAAUUACACAAACCAAUUAGUUAAAUAGAUCAUGACAUCACAAGAUGAUAAAAUAUGCCAAAAUAUUUAACCUACACUUUCUUUUAAACAAUAGACAAAUUAUUCAUUCCUGAAAACAAUCCAUAUGCAUGAAUCAGUGCCUUAUGUUAAAGAGAAGCAUGAGAUCCAAAAACUUUACCAUGUCUUUGGGCAGUUAAAAACAGGUUUUGGGUUUGGUUUGGCAUUUCAGCUUUUAGUUAAAUGAAGUUCCUUGCUUCAUACAAAUGCACUCACACAUGCACACACAUACACACACAAACAUCAGCUACAUAACAAAGAGAUUAAAAUACCUGAUCAUCAGCCAACUUAAGAAAGGCUGUCUUGGAGUCAUCACCAGGAGAAACUGUUCAUAUCAGUGCUUGGAGGGCCCAGGGUAUGAAUGAUAAAUUCCUGCACCAUGGGUAUUAUCUGGAAAAAGGAAAAAAAAUGAAUUAAAGUAUCCUAUUUUCAUGUAACAAAUGUUAUUCUAAAUAUCUGAAUGUCAAUUUCAAGGACAGUAUUCCUGCAUAUACAAUAGACAUCAGUGCAGUCCCAGAGGAACCAGUGAUGUAGCAUUUGUAAAUCUAGGCAAAACCAAUGCCCUGAGAGCUGACAUUGGAAGCCCUAUACAAAUGUUCUUUAAUCUCAUUUCUGCCACCACAUCUGGACAGAAUAAUGGGCUGGAUUAUUUUCUGCACUAACUCCAUCUGUAUUUCAGAGAAUAUUUAAAUUUUCAAGUCUCAAUGCACCAUCCUUCAGAGGUGUUAAGAUCUUGGCUUAGAAAGCUGCUGCAUGCAGCAGUCUUGAAGACACUGAUGUUUAAACUUCUACUGCAUUUAACUGGACUCUGUACCAAAACAAGAGACAGUUUAUAAAACAACAGCUUAAUGCUUCAAUACUGUAAACCCCUACAGAUACCCGCCUCUAAAAUAUUAUCAUCCAGCAUCUGGCUGUGAUCUGUAAUAUUUUAAAAGAGAACAGAAUAGUUCUUAUAAAAUAACCACCUCCUCUUUAAGGAAAUGCAACACUAUUUGCAAAGACAAUCCUAAGAAUUAAUCUGUAAAUGUAAAAUUCAAGAAACACUGAAGGAUUCAAACAGCAAUGUCAAUUCAACCCCUUUGCUUGCAAUCAGGAUAGUACUUUUUAAAAGUUUCUGUAUUUGUAACUAGAGUUUUUAACUUGCAGUUUUUGACAUUCCAGCUGUAAAAUCUGCAAUUACCAUAGGUGCUUUCAGUUAAAAAAGCAAAGUUAAAAAGUUCUCAGUUAAAAAAGUUUCUGUGUCCUGCGUGACCAAGGACACAAACUGUGACACAAAGGAAAGAAAUUCCAGCAGCUUCAUUUCCCUUGAUUGCCCUGCCCAUAAACUCACCUGUGUUAGGAAGGGACUAAGGCUGUGUUAGGCCUUCCCCUGCUCUCCAGAUGCAACGUGUCACCAAUUAGCAAAGGCCUUAAAUGUGAGAGCAGGAGGGAGGCUCUCCCUGUCACUGACUGCAGGCUUCACAGAUGGAGACACUGCUGCAAGAGCUCAGCUCGGCUGCCAAGCUCUUAACAGACUUUAAGGAGAUGUAUGAGUAUGAGACCCGUUUAAAAACCUUCACCAAGUGGCCCUUCCAGGAAAACUGCAAGUGCACUCCAGAGAAUAUGGCAAAGGCUGGCUUCAUCCACUGUCCAAGUGCAAAUGAACCAGAUGUGGCAAAGUGUUUCUUUUGCUUGUUGGAGCUGGUGGGCUGGGAACCAAAUGAUGACCCAUGGGAGGAGCACACCAAACGUCACACCUGUGACUUUUUAUCUCUUCCCAAGCACUUUGAUGAGCUGACAAUGGAGGAGUACUACAUGCUGGAGAUGACACGGCUGAGGACCGUCAUUUGCACAGUAGGCAGCCGCACGAUAAACUCUUUCCGAGAAGAAGUCGCUGCGACGAGGCAGAGGCUGGUGAAUUACUUUGGCUCCAGACCCUCGCUCCCGGCGCCGCCGCCUGCCGGGGCUGAGCCUGCAGCUCAGCGGCCGGGAGGCUCCGCUGCCGGCCGGGAGGAGCCCGGGACAAGCGAGCUGUGACCUUCGGCUCUGCAAGUGUCUCUUAGCCCGGUGCAAACCUCGCUGUCCAAAGCUGAGCAGGUGUGAGGCAGUGGAUCAGGGGUGAGAACAGACGGGGGGCCUGUCUCCCACAGCGCGCUCUCUCCGUGAGGCUGCCUGGGGAGCUCAGAGUGCUUCCACUACCCUGACAGCGGGUGAAAAAUGUCCGAGCAAACACUUCAAUUCUGGUUUUU